AUGGAGCAUUCGGACAGUUCGGUUUCCAAACCCGACUCACUGCAACAGGGAUGUACACUUUCUUCCUCUCUUUGGUUUUCUUCUUUCUUUCCUUCUUCUUCUUUACACAAUUCAGCUUAUAACAGAGGUGUACACUUUCUUCUCUGGUUUUCCUUUUUCUUUCUUUACACAAUUCAACUUAUAACAGAGGUAUAUGCUUUCUUCUCUGGUUUUCCCUUUUCUUUUCUUUACACAAUUCAAUUUGUAACAGAGGUAUACCCUUUCUUCCUCUCUUUGGAUAUCCUUUUUCUUUUCUUUACACAAUUCAACUUGUCUUGCUUCUUCCAAGUCAAAAUAGCAACUGAUUCUCGGAUUUUUGUAGUCUCUCCCUUUAACUCUCUCUACAUCUCUUUCAAAGAAAAUUGGCCUUCUCUCUAUUUUUUCUUAUUCCCUUCCUCUCUCUCUUUUCUCUCUCUCUCUCUCUCUCUCGCUUUAUCUCUCUCUCAAAAGAAAUUGGUCUUAUCUCUACUUUUCGUAUUAUCUUCCGCUCUUCCUUUCUCUGUCUAUCACUUUCUUUCUCUCCCUCUCUGUCUAAGAAAAUUGAUCUUUUCUCUAGUUUUUCUUAUCCUCUUCCUUUCUAUCUUUCACUGUCUCUCUUUCUCACUCUCUCUCUCUCAAAAAUGGACACUCUCUUGUUUUUCGUAUUCAUCUCUCUCUCUUUCUCUCUCUCCUUCUGUCUCAAAGAAAAUUGAUAUUCUCUUUAGUUUUUCGUGUUCUCUUCCUUUCUUUCUCUUCCUUUCUCUCUCUCACUCACUCUCUCAAAGAAAAUUGAUCUUUAAAGAGUAG